CCUUCCGGUGGGGAAUCGUUUCCGGUAGCGUCUUUGCUCAAACGAAGCGAUGCUGCAGUGCUGCGGUGAGGGGAAUGUUUCCUUCCGGGCCGCCGGGGAGUAGGAAGCAGGAAGACGAUGGUGACAGCCGCGCUGUGGAGGAGAGUCUACUCUAGAGCCGCGGCCGCGGCCGUUGCGGGAGGAGAAGGAGCGGGUCCCACCGGGGCCGCGGCCAAGCGGGGCGUGUGGGAGCGGCUAGGCGCCUGGGUCCGCGGGCUCCUGCGCGACUACGCCGAGGCGUGCACGGACGCGGCGGCGGCGGCGCGGGAGCGGCCCGUGCGAGCGGUGCUGUACGCGGGGCUUCUGGGCGGCGCGGCUGCCUGCGCCCUACGGGCCCCGGAGGAGGCGUCCUUCGAGGAGGCGCUGCUGGAUGCUUCCGGGACCCUGCUGCUGCUUGCGCCCGGCACCCGCAACCCCGGCUCGGAGGCGCACGUGCAGCGGCUGCUGUGGCUGCGGGGCCGGGGCCGGCUGCGCCACCUCAGCCUGGGCCUGUGCUCGCUGCUUUACGAGGCUCCCUAUGACCCCGAGGCCAGUCUCUACCAGGCGCGCUGCCGCCACCUGCAGCCGCGCUGGGCCGACUUCCCGGGCCGCGUGCUCGACGUGGGCUUCCUAGGCCGCUGGUGGGUGCUGAGCGCCAAGAUGCGCGACUUCGACAUCAACGACGAUGAGUUCCGCCACCUGCCGCCGCACCUCCGCACGCUGGCGGAGCACCAGCUGCGCUCCGAGGCCAACGAGCGGCUCUUCGACGAGAAGUACCUGCCCGUGGUGCUCACGGAGGACCAGGUGGACCAGGCCCUGUGGGAGGAGCACGUCCUCCAGAAGGAGAAGAAGGAUCGGCUGAUGCUGAGCGAGGCCGCCCCAGAGGAAUUCGGGGCUCCGGCGGCUGCGGACUGAAGCCGGCGCCGUCCGCCGGCUGCAUGGGACUCAGAUCUUCCAGCGUCUUCUUGCUCGUUGGUUACGGGAGGGAGCUUUAGCGAAAUAAACUGUUUUUCCCCUUCUCUCUAUUUCCCAUCUUUUUUUCUCCCUAAACGAAAUGGGUACAGUUCGUUGCACCAGGUAAGCAGAAUUGUUUUGGUUUGCCCUAGGUGCAUUUCAGAGUCUCCUGUCCCUUUCCUGCCAGUCGGUUUGGAAGAUAGCAGCAAGUGCAGGCAAACGGUCAGACACAGAGCUUCGUGUCUCUUUUCCCCUGAUCAUUAAGGGCACCAUCACUGUCCCAGUCACUCAGACACGUAGCCCGGUUGUCAUCUUGGACUCCUCACUCUCACCGCCCUGUACCCAAUCGGUUGCUAAGACUGAUUGUUUCUACCUUCUUAAAUCUCUCCUGUAUGUCUCCUCCUCUUCUCUGGCACUGCCACCACACAAAUACUGACCCUCAUCCCCUCGGGACAGGACCGGUGCAUAACCCUGCCACAAGAACCUCUCUACUUCAGUCAGCCCUCCCCUCAGCGGUCAGAUUGAAUUGUAAGUGCAGAUCUGUCCCUUUCAGUAAACUCCUUUGGGGCUAUUUUGAAAAA